AUGGCUGAGUCCCUUCACCCCACAGCCAGGAGGGAGAUGACAAAUGGAGCAGGGUACCCCCAUUUCCACAACGUAGGCCAGAAUGGGGGUUCCCACAGCACCACGCGCUACAUGCUGAAGAAACAGCAGCGGCACAGACGCAGGUCCUCCUCACCCAUGGGCAGGGUCAUUCUCAUCAACGCUCCUGUUGAUGGAGGGGAUGACAGUGAAGACAUUCACACAUUGACAAUCGAUAAGACUCCAGAUGGGCGGCUGGGAUUCAGUGUCCGUGGGGGUUCUGAGCAUGGGCUGGGCAUCUUUGUCAGCAAGGUGGAGGACGACAGCCCCGCAGCGCAGGCCGGGCUGACGGUGGGCGACAAGCUGGUGGAAGUGAAUGGCGUCAGUCUGGAGAGCAUCACCAUGAGCAGCGCUGUGAAGGUCCUGACGGGCAACAACAGGCUCAGGAUGGUGCUCAGACGUGUGGGCAAGAUCCCUGGCAUCCGCUACUCCAAGGAGAAGACCACAUGGGUGGAUCUGAUUCACCGGCGGAUGGUUGUAGAAGAGAGCGGUCGCACUCCAUCAGAGGCCAGCUCAGACAACGCUCUCCGCAGGAUCGUGCAUCUCUUCACCACGUCAGAUGAUUACUGUCUGGGCUUUAACAUCAGAGGAGGCAAAGAGUUCGGCUUGGGCAUUUAUGUCUCUAAGUUGGACCCAGGUGGACUUGCAGAACAACAUGGCAUCAAAAUGGGUGACCAAAUCCUUGCAGCCAAUGGGGUGAGCUUCGAGGAUAUCACCCACAGCAAUGCAGUGGAAGUCCUGAGAAGUCACACCCAUAUCAUGCUGACUAUCAGGGAAGCCGGGAGAUACCCUGCGUAUAAAGAGAUGGUGGCAGAGUAUGGCUGGCUUGACAAAUUAGCCAAUGGCGACCGCGCACCAUCCUCACACGGCUCAGACUCCAACUCUUCUGUGUCCUCACUGUCCUCCAGCACACCUCUCAGCUCCCUAAGUGGUCUCUCCCAGGUUCUUUUUCCUCCUAUCUUUGGUACCGAAAUGGUAGACGUUGCCAUCUCCACAGAGGACCGCUCCCGACGUCCAAGCAGCAGUGAGCGAACUGCUGACACCGCCAUGCAGACUGACCCCCCGCCUUCACACUACCAUGACCACCCGCUGCCAAACGGGGCACGCUCCGAAAGGCUGGUUCCCACAGAAACCAGUCGGACCGUGGGGGCAACAGUGGUGCUGAGGGACACUGUCAUACGUGGGAAAGGAGAGGGGCCAAGGGGCAUGGGAGAGGCCAGAGAGAGAGCACAGGGACAGGUGAGGACGCUGUCCGCUGGGAACCUGGAAGUACAGAAACAUUCACCUAAGACAGAGGCUCUGAUGGCGCUCAGCAAACCACGAAAGCCAAUCAGACGUUCCCAGAGCCACAUCACUGUGUCAGAAGACAGAAAGAAGAAGAAAAGGCAACAAAGGGAGAAGAGCCCAAAGGGUGACACCAGCCUCCAACGCUCCAAAACCUUUGUCAACCUGUUGUUCAAGAAAGACCGCAAAGAAAAGAGCCGCCCCAAGUCACCGGCUCACCAAGCUGACAAAGCUAAGGAGCAAAGCCGACCAUUCCAGCUCUUCACUUCUCCAAAGGAGUCCCGUGCUGGCAGCCCGCUGCCCCGACCUGAGACACUGCAGCAUGUGGAGGACAUGGCAAAAAAACUUCUCAACUCAGACGAGGUGGCUGCUGUAAUGAGGCACUGUCGGAGGUUUUUGUCUGACACUGUGAUUGAGGAUUUAGUCCGGCCCCUUCUUGCUAUUUUGGACAGGCCAGAGAAACUGUUGCUACUCAGAGAAAUAAGAAUGCUGAUACCCACCACUGAAUUGGGUCGAUUCGACAGUAUGGUGAUGCCUUUUGAACUGGAAGCCUACGAUAUCCUGAAGAGUCGCUCUUUGCGUUCUCCUGCUCUGCGCUCACCACGCGGUGGAACUCCUCGACGUCACCUCAUCACCCCAGUCCCAGACUACAGGGGUGGAUUCCACCUCCAGCCAGUCCAUGAUACAUUGCAAGACCGCCAGUUGAUUGAGGAGUUUGAGAGACUUCGUUUGGCCAGCCAGCAUUCAGGCCAUCUGCAUCCAACCCAUGCCUUUACCCCUCUGCUGGAUGUACCUGUGGACAGCUACGCAUCCUCGACUGCACGUUCGCGCUCUCCCAGCCCUUCCCCGUCACACAGCUUCCUUCUCACAGAGUCACCGUACAGCACUCAGCGUGGACAUCAACGACGUCAUUCCCCACACAGAAAGGACAACGGUGCACCCAGGCACAAUGACUACUCCUCGCUGUCAAUUUCUGAUCACGGAGAUGCCGCUCCCGAGCGAGGGAGGUCCCCUGUGAGAAAUGGCCGCGGGAGGACGAGGAGGGAGGAGAGUCCUGACAGCACGACGGGCAGACAGAGCAGGCAGGAGGGCUACACCGAGGUCAGUGUGCGGGUCCCCUCACAGCGGAGAGGGAGAACCCCUCUAGCGGAUGUAUUUGAUCCCCAACAAGAGAGGAGCCUCUCCACGGGCAGAGGGAGUGGUCAGCAGGUAAAUGGACACCCUCAAAAUCCAAAUGGAUUCAAAAGAAGAGGAAGUCUACCCCCUGAGGAGUAUGAAAUCACCACUUUGACCAUUUCCAAGGCCAAGCAAUCAUUGGGCAUCAGUAUCUCUGGAGGAAUCGAGUCAAAGGUCCAGCCUGUUAUAAAGAUUGAGAAAAUCUUCCCUGGAGGCGCUGCAUCUACAAAUGAGGCUCUGAAGGCUGGGUUUGAGCUGUUGUCUGUGGAUGGGGAGAGUCUGCAGGGGGUGACUCAUCAGCGUGCUGUGGAUAUAAUUCGCCGCACCUUCAGCAACAAGGCCAAGGACCCAAUGGUUUUUGUGGUCAAGGUCCCCAAGACCCAGGGCAGCCACUCUAGUCCCUGGAGACCAGAGUAAACUUAACGUGCCUCACUGGCAUUCUGCAGCAGCAAAAGCCCUAACUCAUGUGAGACUGAAAACAACUACUGCGUUUCCCUCUGAAAAACAGAUAUGGGACACAUACAGAUUGCUGUAAAGAUUGCUAUAGAUCACUUUUGCUAUGAUAAAAUGUGAUAUGAAG